UGUAAUCUUGCUGUAUUCCAUGUGGACGACGAACCGGGAAAGAAGGACUCUCACCGAAAAAUCAUCAAAAUGAGCGCCCGAUUCAUUCCUCCUGAGAUACAGGAUAAUCCAACAGGAUGGGGUCCUUGUACGAUUCCAAAGCAAUUCAAAGAUAUUCCAUACCAACCAUUUUCAAAGGGAGAUCGCCUCGGAAAGGUGUCAGACUGGACAGGAGCAACAUACCAAGAUAAACGCUAUGUAGUCAAGUACAAUUCGCAGUUUGGAUCUGGUAACCAGUAUACCUACGUUCACGAGCAGGAUGAGUCCUCCUUCCAACUUGUUGAUACUUCUAAGGUUCAGAAACCAAUCUAUAUGAGGAACAGGAUACGAUUCAACCAGCGUAACUUACGACGGGAAAGGGAGCGUCGUGAGCAGCGUGCUACCGCUGGGAUGCAAUCACUGACCAAAGCCCAGAAGGAGAGACAGAGGCAGGUCAGAAGGUUACAGAAACAGUAUGGAGGACGUAGGUGGCCUGAUAAGAAUCAACACAACCAGAUGAAGUCUCGCAGUGCAUCCGUUCAGGUCCGCGGUGAAUGGGGAGUGAUAGAAGAAUUGGAUUUUCCUCGCCUCAACAAGCUACGUCUGCCCACUGUUGUAGAUCCUGAAGACCUUGUCAAGUGUGGAGAACUGGAAUACUAUGACAAAAUGUUUGAUCGCAUCACUACCAAGACUGAAAAGAGACUAGCAAGGGUCAAUAGGUUGUUCCACAAGGUCACUACCACAGAUGACCCCAUCAUCAGAAAGCUUGCCUCCAAGGGUAACGUGUUUGCUACAGACAUCAUCUUGGCCACUCUGAUGUGCUGCCCUCGCUCUAAUUAUUCUUGGGAUGUCAUUGUACAGCAUGUUGGUGGUAAGCUGUUCUUUGACAAGCGAGAUGAUUCAGAAUUUGAUCUACUGACAGUAAACGAGACUGCUAUAGAACCACCACAAGAUGAGGGAACACACAUGAAUUCACCCAGGAAUCUCGGAUUAGAAGCAACAUUCAUCAACCAUAACUUCUCUCAGCAAUGCCUCAAGAUGGGAGGUGAGAAGUUUAAGUUUGAAGUGGAGAACCCUUUCAUCCAAGAUGAGGAGGAAUCAUUAGUUGCAUCUGUUGCAUACCGGUAUCGUAAGUGGAACAUUGGGGAUGAUUUGAACGUGAUAGUCCGAUGUGAACAUGAUGGUGUAAUGACAGGUUCGGGCGGAGAGACACAGUUCCUCAACAUCAAGACUCUCAAUGAAUGGGAUACCAAGCAAAGCAGUGCAGAAGAAUGGCGUCAGAAGCUUGAUUCCCAACGAGGAGCAGUCCUUGCUACGGAGCUCAAGAACAACAGUUUCAAGCUUGCCAAGUGGACUGUGUGUUCUCUGCUUGCAGGGUCUAAUUUCAUCAAGUUUGGGUACGUGUCUCGUAUCAACCCCCGUGAUUCUGCCAAGCAUGUGAUCUUGGGAUCGCAGCAGUUCAAGCCCAGCGAGUUAGCAGCACAGAUCAAUCUUAACAUGGAUAAUGCAUGGGGUAUCCUGAGAUGUAUCGUUGACAAGUGCUUCCAGCUGAAAGAAGGAAAAUAUCUCAUUCUCAAGGAUCCAAACAAGCCGGUGAUUCGUAUCUAUGACAUCCCUGAUAACACAUUCAGCUCUGAUGACGAUGAAGAGGAUGAUGAGGAGGACGAUGAUGACGGUGAUGAUGAAGGAGAUGAUGAGUAGAGUCAUUGACUAUGUCACACAAAUCAAGUUCCUACAUCAUUGCCCGUCUACUAUCUGGAAUGGCCCCUAUUUUUUCUGAUUUUUGGUGCAACUUCUAUCAGUUAUUAGUAGAUUAGAUGAAAUCUCCUGAAUUAAUAUAUAUUAUCUGAGAUAAAGUUAGUAGCAGUUAUUGCCUUGAGACUUACUCAUGCCAUUUAAACUACAGAUUAGCAAAAUGAAAUGGGUAAUGGUCAUUGGUUAUAUCACACCCUAUACUUCAGACAUUUGAGUUAACAAGUUUCUCACCCCCCCACCCUUUCCCCCUCCCUCUCUUUACCCUCAUUCUCCUUUCAAGAUGUAUUGAAGAUCAUUUUGCUUUGCAAUUAUGGUAUACAUUGUUGCAGUGAUAUGAAUUUAUAUUACAGCAUAGAUUGCUGUUUCUGUUUCUAUCCAUAAAAAAUUGUUUUUCAUAUCAUUCCGAUUCAUAUUUUGCAAUGGUAUGUAAUAUGAUUUUGACCAUUGCUACUUAAUUGUCAUAUUUGUAUCAAAUAUCCAGGUGGCUAAGGAUUGAAUCAAUACAAAUUGUUAUGGGAUUUUAUUUCUUUAGUUGCAAUCAAUCAUUGAAUAAUUUACUUUUUAUGGGGGAAAAUCUACUAAUUUCAUGUAUAUUGAUAGAAUGUCAAUUAUCAAAUAGUUACCUAUAUUGACCUUACAUAGCCAUUAUCCAAAAUAAGUACACAUUUAUGAUGGUAUUGUCAAUAAACUCAAAUGCCCCCAUUGCAAUGCUUAAAUAUAUUGAAUAGGAGUUUUCAGUAUACAUACAGAAGACAGCUGUGACACUUUUCAUGGCUAAAACUUGUUUCAGCGUCUGGUGGCUCUUUGUUAUUAUUAUCUUCUUGUUCCAUGAUUGUACAAUUUUAUCAUGUUGUCGAAUUUGAGAUGAAUAUGUAUUUAUUAUGCAUUAUAUACUAGUAAUGCAGAAGUUGUAUUUGGUGGUUCUAGUUUUUGAGAUAACCAUUGGAUCAUUCUGUUCUAUUGCCCAGUCCAACCUCUCCCUGUAGGGAUGCCUGUCUAUAAUGGUCACUCAUUAUGUACCUGCCUGAAAGACCAAUUUCUUUUGCUUUUUUUCUCAGUUUUCUUUUAUAUACAUGUACUGGAUUUGCAAAGGGGGGGGGGGGGGGGUGUACAACAGGUAGGGAGGAGAGGGAUGGGGUACCACUCAAUUCUGGCAUGAUUACAUUGAAUUACAGAAUAUUUGGAAUCUUAUAUUGACAUUAAAUCUUGUCGUCCUUCUCAA